CAGCGUUCAGCGGCCGAGUUCAGUACCCGGUUGACAGCCGGUGAGGCGGCGGCGUCACGCGCUACUCAAACUGUUCAAAACACGCGCCGCCUCUUGCGCGAUUUAUAAUCUAUCUAAAUCAAUUUUACACAAAUCUCUACUGUAUUUAAAAUCUACCGAAUGUGAGAGAGGACUCGUACGGUCCUGAAACAAUUCCCAUGGAACAUCGAGCGGUUGUAAUAUCUUUUAUACGAUUUACUUUACCAAUGAAUAACAACAAUACCGUGCAUAAUCACGUUACAGCAAUGAUCAAAUACCUACGUGUAAUGCAAUUUACUGAAUGACGUUAAGUAAAUACGAUCCGCUAGUGAGAGCUUUACUUCUGCUAUGAGCGGUAGCGAGGCUUUGAGCUGGCCGAACAACAAAAGUGUUUUAUAGUAUUCAAUGGACUGAAGUACUAAUAGUAUUAUGACACAUUCUUUUGGAUUAUUAGUGAGGUGUUGAGACUAUAGUGUUUAAAAAAAAUCAACAAUGGCGGACCGUGAACGUCCUGCUAAAACCCCUAUUAGGGUGGGAUUUUAUGACAUAGAAAGGACUAUUGGCAAGGGUAAUUUUGCCGUGGUCAAAUUAGCACGACAUCGAAUAACGAAGACUGAGGUAGCAAUUAAGAUAAUAGAUAAAUCGCAGUUAGACGCCAGCAAUCUUCAGAAGGUCUACCGAGAAGUGGACAUCAUGAAGAGGCUCGACCAUCCCCAUAUUAUUAAGCUUUAUCAGGUCAUGGAGACGAAAAACAUGAUCUACAUAGUAUCAGAAUACGCCAGUAAAGGAGAGAUUUUUGACUACAUCGCUCGGUACGGCCGGAUGGCAGAGCAGGCGGCGCGGCGCAAAUUCUGGCAGAUCCUGUCUGCGGUCGAGUACUGCCACGAGCGACGAAUAGUGCAUCGAGAUCUCAAGGCGGAGAACCUAUUACUGGAUGCGAAUAUGAACAUCAAGAUUGCAGACUUCGGGUUCAGCAACUACUAUGCGACGGGCGAGCUCCUAGCCACGUGGUGCGGAUCCCCGCCCUACGCCGCGCCGGAGGUCUUUGAAGGCAAACGGUACACCGGCCCGGAGAUCGACAUAUGGAGCCUGGGAGUGGUGCUGUAUGUGCUGGUGUGCGGCGCGUUGCCGUUCGACGGGUCCACGCUGCAGUCCCUGCGGGACCGGGUGCUGUCCGGACGGUUUAGGAUACCUUACUUUAUGAGCCAAGAUUGCGAAUCGUUAAUCCGCAAGAUGCUAGUCCUGGAGCCUAUGAAGCGGUACACGAUCGACCAGAUCAAGAAGCACCGGUGGAUGGCAGCGGAGCCCUACACGGCGCCCGCGGCGGCGCAAGACCCGGCGCGGAGCCCCGCGCACGUGCCCUCGGACCCUAACGAGCAGGUGCUCAGGCUCAUGCAGAGCUUGGGGAUCGACCCUGUUAAGACCAAAGAGAGCCUCCGCUCAAACAGCUACGACCACCACGCAGCGAUCUAUCUUCUUCUGCUAGAACGAUUGCGAGCCAGAGCCGCAAGUGGUUCAGUGAGCCAAGACAGGAGACCCUCGCGGCGGCCAUCAUCCGUGGCCGACCAAGCGCUAGCCAGGGAACUGCAUGACGCUAGGAGGGAGCAGCAGAAUAGAAUAUUACACGCCGGCGAUCCUCAGUCGCGAGAGUUUAGCAGAGCGCCCCCGAUGAUAUCUGCCACGUCGGCCGACUCGUCCUCCUCCGAAACCCAGCGCCUACUGUCUCUAGCGGGCGUCAACAUGACUGAACAAAGACUGCUCCAACGAAACUCCGACCCCUCGGAUACGCAUAGGAGCUUUCUAGUCGGCAACCUCGACGUAGGCUCAAGUCGGAGUCAUGAAACAGAAUCCACGAGGCUUCUCUCCAUGAGAAACAAUGAUGUCACUCAGUCCACGCAGAGGCUAGGUGCUAAGUUAAAUGACGGCGUCCCGACGCACAGGCUGCUGGCUUCCACAUACGAACAGCAGCAGAAUAUCCUGAAACAAUCCAGUGAGGACUGUCGGAGACUACUCCAGCAAUCGACCACGGUCGGACCCGACACCGGCAAGAACAUUGCCGAUGGUACUAGGCUUUUGACCUCAUCGAGUUUUGAUUCCAAAUGCGCGAUAGACGGCGGAAGAUGUUCGUCGGCGACAGACCACAAUCUAAUAGCAAAUUUUCUUCAAAAUUCAGCGUCGGCGACUAAUUUUAGUGUAGAAACUAUGAAACUGCCAAGUUCGACGACGUUUACUAUGUGUUCUGAAGCAGCAAAACUUAUGAAUACCUUGCAACAGUCUCCUUUACCUCUCAAAGGGACUGUGAACUUAAGUACUAGUCCAAUACCAACGCAGCUAGCGGAAGCUAAACUAGGCGUUUUAGAGCAACCUAAGCCUCUUGAAUCAAGCAGGCUCGUCUCACAAGCGCAACAACAAGAUUUAAGUCGCUUGCAAUCUAGCACUCCGCCGUUUAAAGACUACAUGAAUCACCAUCUUCCAGCCUAUUCGUAUUUACAAAGCACAGUAUUGCCUCCUAUAUCUAGCUCCGAUGGAAUUGCCACGACUUCCACAGCUACUAGUGACCUGAUUCCAAAUACUCUGUAUAGGCCGGAUAGCAAGUUUUCAUUGAAUAGGUACACUACAACGCAAACUUACUCCGGUCCGAAUCUUCAAAGUAACGCGGCAGAUGCGACAAAAUUUCAACAACAGUAUUCAUCGUCGACGGAUGAGGGUUGUGAGACGGAUAUGGAAGACGUCGCGAGCGUUCCCAGCGGAGUCCAGAACCGGCUUAGCUCCUACGCUAGUUCCAGCUCGAGCAGCGGCGUCGUAACUUUCUUUAAUAACAAAAGCCUCAGCCAAAACCUCAGCUGUGAUUCAUCCCAAAGCAAUUUCUCAACGUUCGAAAGCCUCGACUAUCAGCUUUCGGACUGUUCUAGUGAACUAGCAAGUAGUCUUCCCAGUUGUACGUCGAACGAAGAUAAACUCGCGUACGAAAACAGUGCCCUCGUGAACACUAGUCCGAUGCACCCCUGCGUGUAUAUAUCUUCUUAUAAUAGUAAAACUCCGGGAAUCGGUUCCAUAGCGCGACAUAAUCCGUUGAACUACCAGUCUGCUAAUAAGAAUAAUACACGAGCGAUGACUCGAAGCCCCGUCGAUUUCAGAGAAGGGCGACGAGCGAGCGACGGACUGGUCGCACAACAAGUGGCGCAGGCCAACGAGCAGCAAGUUAACACCUUAGCGUUUAACAGCCAGCGAUUAAAUGAGAAUUGCAAAGCUAAAGGCGUCUUAGAGCUCCAUCUAGUCCAAAAGGAGGCUCAGAAGUUAAAAACGCAGUAUCAGUCUUCUAUUCCGGCGGAGGAGAUGACGCAAAGGCAAAUACAACAUAAUCAAUUCGCGGCAUCCUUCAGUCCUCAUUACUUAGACACGAAGAAUCCGACACCCAAACGGAUCAGUCUCCCCGAAACGUUUAACUACUCUAGUACCUCGCCGCCGAUGCCGGCCAGCCCGAAGAUGGUCGCCCAACUGCAGGAGCCUCCCGAACUGCACGGGGCCGCGUCGCAGGCCAAGCCGCCUCUGCAGCAGCAGCUCAUGCAGCACCGGCUCUUCCAGCAAAAACGACAGCUUCUACAGAAGCAGAUGACGCCGCCCAACGUGUCCGCGCAUGACAUCGGCGCCCUGCACUCCCUGCAGGUCGGCCUCAGCCGGCGCCAGAUGCUGCGGCAGCAGAGCUACAAGAUCGCCCAGCAGCAGCAGAUCCUCCCGCCCCUGCCCCUGACGGAGACCGAGAACCGUGACCUCCUCGCGUUCCAGGCGAUAGUCGAGGGGCCCAACCGGUCGCCGAAGCACAAAGAGGACGAAGAUCUGGCCAAGUUCGCGUACCAGGGAUCGAUGGAAAUAAGCAUAAUGAAUAAAGAUAGGCUAGGGAACGAGACGUGGUCGAACCUGCCGUCGAGUUUGCAGAGCGCGUGCCAGAUCUCGGAGCGGCGGGAGGCGCGGGUGGGGGCGGGCGUGGAAGAAGCCGCGGGGCUGGCCGGCGUGGCGGGCGGGGACGCCGCGCUGUGGCCGGCGCAGUGGAGCGGCGGCGCCGGCCUGUUCCAGCCGCAGCCCUGCUUCCAGUCAAACUGGCAAGGCCACAGCCUGCCGCCCACCGCGGGAAUGCUGCCCCUCAGCGAGAGCCCCAUACUCGAGCUAACGGAACAGAUGGAGUCAAUUUAAAUGUUAAUUUAAGGAAAACAUUAGGUACUUUCAUUUAGCCUCGUAAGGCCUAAGGCCUCGUGCAAUAGAAUACGUUUUAAAAGCAAUUAACGAAAAACUGCUGCGACGAAGAACUUGACCGAAAAUCACAAAGAAACUAGUAAGUGAAUUGAAGAAAAUUGAAGUGGAAAAUUGUUUGUUACCACUAACAUCUUCAAUUUUCUUUGCCUCCACAGGCAACAUAUGAUUUAGGUAUGUAAAUUAGCUACAAUACAGAACGAACUUCCAUAUACAUAGGUGCAAUUGGUAGGUAAACCUGAACAGUAAACGUGGAAAAGAUCCCGCCUAGUACCUACACAAUUUUUUGUUAAAUUAAAUCGGUAUUGGCACCUAUACCUACGAGGUUUACCUAUUUAACCUAAGUCAAUAUAAUAGUGAAAAAAAAAAAUUGUAGCCUUUCGUGCGAUAGGUUAUGUACCUAUUUAUUAGUUGCAACAAUUCACUAUACGACUGAAAAUAAUUCUGCAACUACUCUUUAUAAAAAGGCAAGGACUUAAUACGUACUUGUAUAUACUUAAUAAAAGUAUCAUUAUUUUAAAUAUCUUUAACACUUUUGUAUGUAACCAACUUAGUUUUAUGCUUAUGAUACUUUUAGCUAUUAAACAUCGUAUUUAAGUAUAUCGGUGACUGACAUUCUACUUAUUAUAAUAAUUCACUAUUUCGCUUCGUUAAGCGCCUACUUGCAUCUGCGUAACAUCGUAAUGGAUCUAUUUUAAUUGUUGAAUGGACGCUAGAUGGCGUUGCGGUGUUGAGCAGAGAUCAAAGCAUAGCGGUGGCGCCACCUACAACAUUGACAAGAAACACGAUUGGCAGUCUUUAUUAUUAUUACUUAUCUCUGGUAAGCACUUGGUUGAUAGCACGCAUUUUUUGCAAUAGUUUGCCGACCGUCCGUAUUAUGAAAAUCUGCAAAAUUGGAGCUCAAUCGUAGCCAGAAAUUAUUAAUUUGUGAAUAACUAUGCUUUUUAUACUUAGAGCUUGAAUAAUAAUACGAGUAUUGCCUAUAGUCAUGUCUUAGGGAAAAGUCUAGGCAUAGUUCUUAUUUAAUAUGAUAAGUUUACACAAAUUAUCAACAUUCCGAAUUUUGUAUAAAUUACUAAGAAUGUAAGUUAAUAACCGAAUUGAGAUGCACCGCCAUUAUAUUCAAAUAAAAUAAGAGUUCAACAUUAUUUUUUAACAUGUUUUCAUUAUUGAACUAAACGGAAUCUAAAGUAAUCAUACCUUUAUCAAUAAUUUUGAGCUCUAACUCACGAGCCGUGGUGCUAACCGACGACCUUGUUUGGAAGCCGUACUUCUAAAAUUCAUUGAUGAUGAUGAUGGAGAUUGAAAAUAAGAACGCUAUAUGUCGGAAAAAAGGACACUAGGUAUAGCCAACGUGAUAAGAAAAAGAUUCCGAAUUAAUUUGACUACCUAAUCUACCAAUUUUGACUGCCCUUAUGAAACAGACAAUUGUUCUGUGUUGGUAUUAAAUCGCAAUUAUCGUGCUAACAAUCGGCGAUUAUUUGAUGUUACCGGAUACUGAUGAAUUGUUAAAUAUUAUCUAAUAGUGAUAAACAAUGCGACAAUAUCAAAAUAGGUUAAAUUGUUACAUGACUUUUUAUGAACUACCUAAUUGCUCCAUAUUAUAUGUAAAAGUGGUUUGGGAUAGUUCUGCAAAUAGGACGAUUCCAGGAGAAAUCCGCCAUACGUAAUUUGGACACUUAAAAUUCUGAAAACAACUUAUGAUUUAAUGAUACCAUACGGGCAGGUGUAUGGUCUCCCUCCAGAGAUCCAUGUUUUUAAGAAGAAACUCAAGAAAAUGCUGAUAAAAGGUUAUUAGAGUCACUCAUUUUAACGGAGAUUUAUGGAAUCGCCCGUUUAGAAUAAUCCCAAAACACCUUAAUUGAUACAAUGAUGUUCAUUUGGAAGCGACGUGGCACAACAAUACAAGUAGAGCUCGUUGAGCAUACAAGCACUUUUACAGGUAUUAAUUAGCUGGUUACUCAGUGAGUGCUGCCAGUUUCUCUUUCUCUGUUGACCGUUGUUGCAACAAACUGUGAUAUAGUUAUUUUGCUUCCCAAUUAAUGUUGAAAAUUCGUGACAAUACGUCUCAGCACUACUUUCCAGUGCAAAAAGCCCGGUCAGAAAAUCCCCAUACGUAUAUUCCGAGGAUAAGUUACAGAGUCACGGUUCCAAGUGAAAAUCAUUCGUCGAGAAGUUCCCUUGUAUAUAAACUACCUCUGUUACAUCUUUAAAAAAAGACUGAAUUCAGUGUCAAUUCAGACCAACCGUCAAAUCAAACCGCAAGAUCACAGCCAGGACUUGUGGGGAAAAGUUAUUUGCUGAAAAUGUAUAACGUAGUUAAUUAACAUUUAAUAGGGAUCUUGCAGUGUUUGUACUGACAUCUAGUAAUGAUGCUCCAUACUGAACAAACAUAUGUUACCUACGUUGAAUCUAUUACUCAUAACCGAUAGUAACCGCAUAGCUACUUCCACAUCCUUUGGCGGAAGUUUGUUUAGUGUGGAUGUGUCUCAAUCUCGAAAUUUUGUUCUUGGCAAAAUAUGAACCGUGCCACUCAUCCAGUCCAAUAGAAUGAACCUAGGUUAAUGGUGCAGUCUCAAAAUAAUUAAUAGUUUGUUUUAAAAUAAUGACUAAAUAUUUGUGCUGCGUAUUAAUGCUAUAAAAUUGCCAGGAACAAAUUGAGUAACUAUUAGCGAUUUUCUAUGUUAUCCAAAUAUAAGCUUAAAGUGAAGUAGACAUAUCACAGCGCCAUGUUGUAGUGGCAAUGUACUUUUACUGCACAUAACUUUACUGUAUUAGAUAAAUACAAGUAAUAUUUACGCGUAAGUAAUUUAUUAUGACUGCAGGAAAGUCACUGAUAAACAAUAUUACCUCUACUUUUGCAGAUUGAAACAAUAUUGUCAGUUUUAUACGAAGAUAUUCAAUGAAUGUUUCAUAAAACACACAAUGCUGCUUUAAGUAGCAGGUACUAUCGAUCGUUUUAUCCGGGGUUCAUAAGGAUUAGGACUUUUAGAUAAAUAUAAUAGUUACAUCAGCAUCACUUCUGACAGAUAAUGUUGGCACGUUUAACCAUAAUGUUAAUAACUUAAUAAGUAUUUAAUUAAUAUUUAAGUUAACAUAUAUCUGCGUAAUUAUAUAAAGAUCUCGUCAAAUUGUUUCUAAAAACAAUUAAAAUAUCAAAGAUAAACAUUUCUAGUACCAAAUUUAUAUAAGUUAAUUAAUCCGAAGCUUUAUUAAACCAUAACAAUAACUAACAUACUUAAGGGAUAUUGCAUUUAUAAUAUAGUAGGCUUCAAUAAGUAAGUAAUUAAUUUAGACAAUUCGUAGAAAUAGGUGUUUGGAGGCUUUUACACGAAUAGAGAUAAAAGGUCAUUGUAUUAUACCUAUUCCGUCAUUAUCGAAAGAACUUCAUGUUAAUCGCAAUUAAGUGUACCUAAUAGAUAAGUAGUUGAUUUUAUACGUGUAAAAGAAAACGUAGACUGUAGAGACGGCAAUAAAAUGUAUUCGACAUGCAUGCUUCGAUGCAGCUUUACGUAACGAUUACCUACACUAGAAGAUCUUUUAAGUUAUUCGUAGUUAUUGAUUUUGGUUGUGAUACCUAUACCUAUGGCUGAUUGGUAAUCAAUGUAUAGAACAGUCAUUACACUACAUAAUUUGGA